CUAUGCCUGCUGGUCCUGGAAUGAUGACUGGAGGCCCCAUGGCAAGCUCACAUCGCCCUGACUCUAGUGGAUCAAACAUGACGAAUAGGCUGGCAGGCCCUCCCAUAGGACCAGGUUCUCAACCUACUGCACCACAACAACCACCAAUAAUGCGGCCACCAGCAACAUUAGCUCCAAGUCAGUUAUCAACUCAGUUAUCAGGGAUGCAUUUAAGUGGACAGUCACGACCACCUGUUCAGAUUUCUAAUUAUUCUAGUGGACCUCCAACAAAGCCUGGCUUUGGUAGUGAGCCUCUAGUUUCCCCACCAGCAAACUUUUAUCAUCCUCCAGGCAGCUUUCCACAAGGUAUCAAUGGAGGUCCUGCACCUCCCACAUCAUCUCCAGAUCAACCUUUUCAGCCCCCUGGACAGCAACAGCAUGGGUCCUUGCCACCAUCUCAGUAUAUGAAUGGCUCUAUGGGUCCUCCACCAGCUCACAUACCUGUUCAGGGUGGAAACAUACCUGUAGCACACAGGAGUGUGCCUCCAACAGGGGUGCCACCCCAAUCUGGAGGUAUCCCUACCCAACAUAGAGGUAUGCUGCCUCCAUUUGGAGGUAUGCCUCAGUCAGGAACUGUACCACCUCUCACUCAACCAGGUCCACCAACAGGGAAGUCAUAUCCAUCUCUGGACAUGUACCAUCCAAAUGCUGGGGUCCCACCUAAAAUGCAGCAGCCACCCAUGGGGCCACAGGGUCCUGCUGCCAGUUACAGAUCACCUCAUCAGCACAUGGGUCCGCAGCAACCACCACAUCCAUUCAUGCAGUCACAACCUGCAAGACUUUUUGUUCCUGAAAAUUUGCCAAGUCCUGUGACGAAAGAUGACGAGCACAAUGGGGAUUUAAUUUUUGAUAUGAAUGAGGAGGGGGUCACUACACACUUCAGUACCCGAGAUGGAAGCAAUGCCAGCCCCAGAUACAUUCGUAGCUCAAUGCACAGUAUUCCGAGUAGGAUUAAUAUGAUGAAGGAAGUUGCUGUGCCAUUUUGUCUUGUAGUGAGUCCUUUAGCUCGAACUUCAGAUGAGGACGUUUUGCCACCCGUUAUAGACAUGGGAAAAAUUGGACCUGUUAGGUGCAUCAGAUGCAAAGCCUUUAUGUGUCCAUUUAUGCAGUUCAUUGAUGGAGGGAAACGUUUCCGCUGUCCGUUCUGCAAAGCCACUACAGAAGUGCCUCAAGAGUACUUCCAGCAAUUAGAUGACACAGGUCUGCGGGUGGAUCAGUUUCAGAGACCAGAGUUGAACCAGGGAGCAUAUGAAUUUGUUGCCACAAAAGAUUACUGUAGGAACAAGACAUUGCCAAAACCUCCAGCACUCAUCUUUUUGAUUGAUGUGUCUUAUAAUAACAUCAUAUCUGGACUGGUUCAUCUUCUUCAUAACCAAAUAAAGGAAAUUUUGAAAUUAUUACCCAAGGAUGAAGGAGCUGAAACAUCUAAUAUGAGGGUCGGUUUUAUAACCUAUAGUAAGGAAGUGUUUUUGUACAGUUUUAAGACUUCUUUUCCUUGCCCAAUGGUGAUGUGGGGUGAUGUAGAGAAGAAUUCUGUGUCUAUGCCGGAGGUUUUCCUAUGUGAUGCCGCAGAAUCUGAGGCAGCGAUUAAGAACCUGAUGAAAUAUAUAUUCACCUUAUAUGAUGACACCACUGAGACAGAAACAGUACUGGCACCAGCAAUCCAGACUGGUCUUAGAGCUCUCCAGGCCUCAAAAUGUGCUGGAAAGCUGUUGGUAUUCCAUUCUUCUUUACCAACAGCCGAAGCUCCAGGAAAACUCAAAAACCGGGACGACAAGAAACUACUUGGCACAGAAAAGGAAAAAAAAUUGUUAGCACCACAGGGGAAUGUAUACAGCAGCCUGGGACAAGAAUGUGCUGUUGCUGGAUGUAGUGUCGAUCUGUUUAUAUUCAACAAUUCUUACAUUGAUUUGGCCACCAUUGGACAAGUAUCAAGAUUUUCUGGCGGAGAAAUCCACAAGUACUCAAAUUUUCAGGCUGAUGUGGAUGGUGAACGACUUAUAGCAGAUAUCAAACAUGAUGUGAGUCGUCCAGUUGCAUUUGAUGCCGCCAUGAGAGUGCGCACAUCUACAGGUGUUAGGGCGACUAAUUUCUACGGUCACCACUUUACGUCAAACACAGGGGAAAUGAUACUUGGCAGUAUUGACUGUAAUAAGGCUCUCACCAUAGAAAUAAAACAUGAAGAUGACCUUACAAAAGAAGAUGGAGUGUAUAUUCAGGUCGCUUUGCUGUAUACAUCAUGUGGGGGUCAGAGACGAAUUCGCAUCCUGAAUCUGUCACUCAAUAAGUGCAUACAGAUGCGUGAUUUCUUUCGACGCUGCGACCAGGGUACCAUCAUUAACUUUAUUGCCAAACAAACUGUGUUCCGACUGUUGGAGUCAUCACGAAAAUCAGUCAAAGAAAACCUGGUAAAUCAGUGUGCACAGAUGCUGGCUUGCUACAGGAAGUGUGAGAGACGGGCAUCAGAAAGGCAGCUUAUCUUGCCUGUGAGCAUGGAAUUUCUCCCACUUUAUGUUUACUGCAUUCUCAAGAGUGAUGUAGUCUCAGGAUCUGACAUGACUAUCGAUGACCGAUCAUUUCUAAUGCAAGCAGUUACAAUAAUGGAUAUUCCAUCAUCUGUUGAGUUCUUUUACCCACGACUUAUCCCACUUCAUGAUAUCGAUGUUGAUUCUGAUGAACUGCCAUCUUCCAUCCCCUGCUCAUCAGAUAAGAUUAGAAAUGACGGUGUGUACUUGUUAGAUAAUGGCUUCCACUUAGUCUUGUGGAUUGGGUCAAAUGUUGAUAUGAAAUGGGUAGAGAAUGUGUUUGGUGUUCAUUCAGCUGCGCACAUCGAUACUGAUAGUACAUCAUUGCCUGUGCUAGAUAACGCACUUUCAGCAAGGAUAAAAUUCGUCAUUGAUUCUGUUCGCAAGGAGAGACAUCGAUGCAUGAGGGUUAGUGUCCAGUGUUUUUCUACUGUAAUUUUAAGAUUGUUAUAUAGGCAUGUUUUCUGCUGUCUUUAAAUUAGUAAAUUGUGGUGUCUUAACUGAAGGAAGAACGUAAAUUACAAGUGUUUGAAUAUGAAGUCUUCAAUAAAAUAUAUGUACCUAAGAAGGAAACCUUUUGGGAAAUAUUUGUUUGGAAUACCAAGAAGGAGAUGGGGUUGCAAGAAUGGGAGGUAUAUGAAACUAACUCUGAAACUCGUCCAUUGGUUGAAUUUGGUGUUAUGGAGUUCAGCAAGGUAGAGGAUUCACAGACUCAAGGCUGAGUUAACAAAGGUAAUGUUUUAUACGAGGCGCGUCCUCAAAGUAAGUUUCCCUGGGGCCGUUUACAGAAACA